AUGAAGUUAAAAGAAAUUGCGGAAGAAGUUGAAAUAUCAGUUUCUGCAGCACGUUCUAUUUCUGAUAAAAUCUGUAAAGGACUUAGUGAUGAUGAAAUCGCAUCAGUAAAAAAAGGAAGGCGCAGCUCUUAUGACGAGACACUUAAAUCUGAAAUUCGAAUGUUAAUUGAGCAUGAUCCAUCUCAUACGUUAGCAUCAUUGAGAAACAUUCUCGUUGAAAGGAAUAUUAAUGCAUCUAUACCAACAAUAUCUAAGUAUUUGAAGUCGAUGGAGUUCACUAGAAAACGACUUACAUUAGUACCAAAAGAAAGGAAUUCGCCGCAAAACGUUGAUUUAAGACAAAGUUUUUGCAGGACUAUUAAUUCGAUUCCUGACAAUAACUUAGUGUUUCUAGAUGAAACAGGCUUUAAUUUACAUACUUCUAAACAGUAUGGCUAUUCUAUAAAGAAUACAAAAUGUUUUGUUACAGUGCCAGCAAAUCGUGGAAAGAAUGUAAGUCUCAUGGCCGCUAUAACAGUUAAUGGUAUUUUAAGCUUUAAGAUAGUGGAUGGUGCCUAUAAUGGCAAUCUUUUUUGCGAUUUUAUAACCAACAAUUUAAGACCGUAUUUCCAAACGUAUCCCCAUUCUGUACUAGUAUUGGAUAAUUGUGCAUUUCACCGUAGAAGAGAUGUAAUCAAUUUGCUCAGCCAAUCCAGUGUUUCAGUUUACUUUUUGCCACCUUAUUCACCACAAUUGAACCCGAUUGAGGAAUACUUUAGUUGUCUUAAAGCUAAUUAUACAUUAUAA